AUGGCCAGGUCGUCAUCGUCAGCUCUGGUCGUCCUCAUGGUUGUUCUGGCCGCGGCAGUGGCGUGCUCCGCGACGCGCCCCGUCCCCGCGCUGCAGCAGUCCGCCGUGUCGGCGGCGGAGGACGUGAAGCGACCGGACACGCUGCAGGAGGGGACGGUGCUGAUCCCGGGGCUGGGGCGCUACGAGAUCGGCAGCCACUACAUCCCGGACAUCGGCGGGCUGGACCACAGCAUCCCCGCCGCCGUCCACGGGCAGUUCAUGCCCGGCGCCGACGACACCUGGGUGCCCAACCCCGGCUUCGAGGUCCCCAACCCCUUCCUCCCAGGCGCGGCCACUCCCUGA